AUGUCAUGCCAGGAUAACAUGGCUGCCGGUCAUUUCCUUAUGGAUUCUUUGAUGGGAGGAUCAUCUUCCUAUAGAGGCGAAGGCUACUCCAGCAGCAACCCUGGAAUGUACAUCCCCUCGGCUGCAUCUGAGUAUGAAUGCUCAAUGAUGAGACAUUUUGGAGUAGUUGGAUCGUCCAUCUCCAAAAAAGACGAGGUUCCUGUGAGUAGCCACCCUCUCGGCUCCUACCAAGAAGCGCCUUACCUGUCAUCCCAACUGGGCACAUGGACCUGGACUUCCAAAACUAACAGGGAUGAGCAACCUGUUGCCCAGUCCAGUUUACAACCGUGUUCGUUGCCAACCGAUAACGUCAAAGAGGAGGCGUUCUGUUGUCUGUAUCAGGGUGACAGUAGCAGCAGGACUAAUAAGGACACUACAGAAUCGGCUACUUACAUCCGGCUUGGGAACAAUAGUAGCAGCCAGACCGGCCAAACCGCUGUCUCGGCGGCGUCCGAAUGUUAUGGAGGAGAGAGACAGGUAUACCCCGGAGGGAUCAGGGGACAGCGGGAAAAGCAGGUCGGGACAGGCUUUGCUUCUUUAGACCAGGUGACGAGAUCUGUUGAAUCACCCAGAGAAUCAACGGUUAAAAUGAGCAAAUCUACCCAGGAGACAGUCAGCGAGGAAAUGGGCAUCGAAGAGGCAGAACAGCGAAUGAGCAAGAAAGAGGAAAGUGCAAAGACUGACAGUUGUUCUGAUAUCUCCGACAGCGAAUUGAAAGGUAACCCAAAAAGCAACCCCCCUCCAUCUUCCCUCCUCGCUCUCUCUCUCUCUCUCUCUCUCUCUCUCUCUCUCUCUCUCUCUCUCUCUCUCUCUCUCUCUCUCUCUCUCUCUCUCUCUCUCUCUCUCUCACACACACACACACAUAGUGCAGUGUACUUAAAAUCGUACCAUAAAACCUUUGUGAGAUACAAUGUGGCAAUACUAAAAAUUGUAUUCUAAAAAUGGUCUCAUCUGCAUGCAUGAACUAAGCGUCAGUGGGCGUUUUGAUAUUCUGGAAUUGUGUAUGCUAUAUCUACUGUACACUCUUAGAAAAAAAUGUAUGUUUAAAAAGGGUUCUAUGCUUGUUUCAUAUAUGGCACCCCUUAAGGUUCUAUAUAGAACCGAAAUUGGUUCAGUGAAGAAGAAGCCCUGGGGUUCUGUUCAAAGCACCCUACAAAAGGGUUCUAUAUAGAACCUUUAGGGGUGCCAUAUAUGAAGCAAGCAAUAGAAUCCUUUUUGGUUCUAUCCAGAACCUUUUGGAGACAUUCUGAACAGGCAUUUAACCGUCUAGCCUCGCAGGGGUUACUGUGGCGACGGCAUUUAUCACCUUUCUAUUAAUGUGAGAAUGUGAAAUGGGCCGUUAUCAUUGAAAUAAACACGCUCACACACUCAUAACGCAUAACGCGCGUGCACAGUCAAACAGAUUGAGCAGACAAACACACACACACACACACAUACACACACACACACACACACACACACACACACACACACGCGCUACAUGGGCCAUUUAAAAUGUAUAAAGAAGGCCUAACCAUUUGUAACAACAUCAUUUUACGCACCAUAAUGGUGUAAUUACAUACGUUAGGCUAUAUCCUACGUUUUAUAAAGCAGAAUACAGCUUAGACUAUACAUAACGUCUCAAUUUCGAUAAUGACUGUUUGGUAAAACAGCCUACGAUAGACGUAGUCUGAAAUAGCAUCCACGAAAUUGUCUUUACUUGAAAAUUAAACUAUUAAAUCUAAUUUUAUUUACAUGAAAAUCAUCUUGCAUAUAAAAUACAUUUUCUUAUAAUGACAAUGGGGUUUAGCUAUCUACAGACAAGUACUGGAUUCAAACGUCAUGCUAGUUAUUAUAUUCCCUUUUUAUUUUUCUAAUAAUAGAGGAUAACGGGUGGAUAACCCACAGUUUUCCACACGGACAAUGUUGUGUGUAUAUCCAAAAUGAUUUAAAUGAAAGGUAAAGGGUGAAUACAUAUAUUAUUAACGAAUUAUCAAUGUGAUAUUGUUAUAAUAUUAUUAUUGUUAUUAUUAUUAAUAAUACAAAUAGUAUAUUGCUUGGUUACAUUGUGUAUUUGUAUUAGCUAACACCAUGGAAUUCAGUUGAGUAGAGUUCAAGUUUGCCAAAAACGAAUUUCUAUUUGCUGCUGCAUAAUGUUAAACUCUCCCUCGUUUGUCUUAUAAAACCGUUAGUCAGUCCAGUCUCGGCUACAUAUUUUGGGGUAGAGCUAUAUUUGUAUGCACCACACAAAAUGCUACUUUCAACGGCCACAAUGUAGCCGCCUACCAUUUAGUAUUUGGCCAGGCUUUGGAAAGGAAAUAAAAACCACUGAUGAUCCAGAGAUGACACUCUCAUAUUCUGCUCAAUGUUAAAUUCAUCAAUCGUUUCAAAAUGUUGGAAAUAUCUAGGCCUAAGAAAUUCGAAGCUGGGAACUAACCAUGCAUGUUAUCCGUGUACCCUGUAAUAUACGUAACCAAGUACGGGCUAUGCAGCAAUUUCCAAUCUAUCUCCAGUUUCCGUGUAGGGUAGCCUCAAACCACAAUAAGGCUAUAAUGGCUGUGUUUAUUGCUAUAGACCAGUAACAAAAGUGGGUCGGAUGUAGAAUUGCUGCACAACGAAUAGGCCUAUACAUUAUGUUUCAUCAUUCAUCAAGUCUUUUUUUGCAUUUUGCAUUUUCAUUCAAAGCGUUCGAAGAAUGUCGACAAAAAUAGAUUAUUGAAUGUACAUUCGAAAUAAAGAUUGUCAAGGACAGUCCAGACAUUGCGGUGCGGCAUUGCAGACCUGACGCAGACCAAUUGGAAUGCAAUAGGCUUAAUAUAGACUGUCUUGAACAUGGAAGUAGUCCUUCAGUAUGCUCACCUUUUCCAUGUUUUAUGUCUACAGAUGAUUUUACAUUGGAAAAUGCUCCAGGAAACUGGUUAAAAGCCAAAAGUGGACGGAAGAAGAGAUGCCCAUACACAAAGCAUCAGACGCUCGAGCUGGAAAAGGAAUUCUUGUAUAACAUGUACCUGUCUCGCGAGCGCCGCCUGGAGAUCAGUAAGAGUAUCGAUCUGACCGAUAGACAGGUCAAGAUCUGGUUCCAGAACCGAAGGAUGAAGCUCAAGAAACUCAAUAGGGAAUGUCGUGGUCGGGAUCAUACGGCAGUCCACAACUUCACCUGA